UGGGACACCAUCUCCAGAUUACCCCGGACAUGGCUGACGGGACGGAGACUUUGUUUUGAUUCCCCGUUUGCACCUGGAGUCAACAGUUCCCAGAGAUAAUAAUGUCCUGACCAGAGUGUGUGUAGUGACAGCAGUGGGCCGUGAGGAUGGGGAGCAAACACAGUUGUUGCGUGUACCCCGGUGGUCGCAGCUCUGGCCGACCUGCCUCCAACCAGAAGGUACACAAGGGCGGGGGAGGGUCUGGGGGGGAGGCACACCAGGAGGAUGCGUCAGAGGAGCAUAUGUGUAACCUGCAGCACAUCAGUGAGAGGGAGCCUGAUGACCUUGACCAGGACCCGAGUCUUCACCCCUCAGCUGGGCCACUCUUCCUUCUCAAAUCCAGACAUGUUAUCGAGAAUGGACUCGUUAGAAGAAGAAGCAGAAGUCAUCUGGACGAUGGGCGUAGUUUGAAGAAGUCGUCGUCUUGCUCCACCAUCUACCUUGACGACUCCACUGUGUCCCAACCCAACCUGAAGAACACCAUUAAGUGUGUGGCGCUAGCUAUUUACUACCACAUCCGCAACCGCACUGACAACCGACUCCUCGAUAUAUUUGACGAGAAGCUCCACCCUCUCACGAAAGAUGGUGUGCCUCUGGAUUAUGACCGGCACAACCCAGAGCACCGCCACAUCUAUAAGUUUGUGCGGACACUGUUCAACGCAGCACAGCUCACUGCAGAGUGUGCCAUUAUCACCCUUGUCUAUCUGGAGAGACUUCUAACCUAUGCAGACAUAGACAUGACUCCCGGGACCUGGAAACGCAUUGUGCUGGGGGCAAUUAUUCUGGCCAGCAAGGUGUGGGAUGACCAGGCUGUGUGGAAUGUCGACUAUUGCCAAAUUCUAAAGGAUAUUUCCGUCGACGAUAUGAAUGAGCUGGAGCGUCAGUACCUGGUGAUGAUACAGUUCAACAUCAACGUGCCGUCGUCGGUGUACGCCAAGUACUACUUCAGCCUGCGCACGCGCGAGGCCAACGACCUCACCUUCCCCGCGGAGACGCUGAGCAAGGAGCGCGCCCAGAAGCUGGAGGCCAUGUCCCGCCUGUGUGAGGACAAGUACACCGCCCAGCUGAGCCGCAACGGACACAAGAAGUGGAGCAGCCUGGACAACAUCCACGCCGCCUCCCGUCGCUCCGUGGCCAUCCUCUCGUGAUGCCGGCGGGGACCCCCAACCCCUCCCCCCUACCCCACCCGCCUCUGUGGUGCCAAAGAACUGCCUGUCACUCGGGGCAGAGACGCCCAUUACCUCAGACUGCCGUGUGCCCCGGGGACCCCCGGCGGACCCAAGCACCGCCGCCGCCGCCCAGCGGGGAAUUCUUUUGUACGGUGUGUGUGGGCGGCAUUUUUAUACCUGACUUGUGCGUGCGUGCUGGACGGACACAGCCGGCGGUGGUGCGCUGCGGUGCGGUGCAGUGCGGUGUGGUGCGGUGCGGUGGUGUGUGGUGAGGUGUGGUGCAGUGAGGAACUAAGCUGUGAUUGGCUGGUGUGUCCGUGAGGUGCCCUGUGUGGUGCAGUGCGGCACCACAGGGCUCUGCUGCUCACCAUUCAUCCCUUCAUGGUGACCGUGGCGAUGGACACACACACACACACACACACACACACACACACACACACACACACACACACACACACACACACACACACACCUGUCUACACAUCCCUGCCAUGCGAGGCCAGGCCAUUGUGUGUGUGUGCGUGUGUAUGUGUGUGUGUGUUCGUGCGUGUGUGCGUUGAUCAAUUUUGUAGUUUCCGAAGGUUUUGAUAUGGCCGGAAAAUUUUGUAUCAUAUUUUUCCCUCCCCUCCCCCCCUCCCCCCAUAGUAUUGGAAAGUGAGGCCCAUUACUCACUAUAGCAAUAAUGAUGGUGAUUUAAAUGCCACCGCUGGUCACCAUUACCAUCACCCCCUCCCCCCCUCAUCACUAUCCUCUUCCAUCGACUCAUCAAUAGUAUAGACAUUAUUUCACACACACACACACACACACAUUUAUAUAAUAACAAAAACACUAAAAACUCUCUAAAACACACACACACACACACACACACACACACACACACACACACACACACAGAGUUUUUCCAAGGUUCAGUUAAGAUAAUGCAUCCGUUUGUUUAUCCGUUUGUCCGUUUGUCUUGUUUUUUCUAACCAAAUUGCUGGUAUUUAGUGCAUUUACACCUAACAUCACCAUAACACGUCUUGGUGACCACUAACACCAAUAUAACACCUGUAUAA